UCCAGAGAUCGAUGCGCUCGGCUCUCGGCUCUGCCUGGAGUUGUCAGUGCGGCGACAGCGGUGCUGAAUAUGGCGUCAGACGGGAUGAUUUUAACCAACCACGACCACCAAAUCCGGGUCGGCGUCCUGACAGUGAGUGACAGCUGCUUUAGAAAUCUUGCUGAAGACCGCAGCGGGGUCAACCUCAAAGACCUCGUACACGACCCUUCCUUGCUUGGAGGAACCAUUGCAGCUUACAAAAUAGUUCCUGAUGAACUCGAUGAGAUCAAGGAGACGCUGGUCGACUGGUGUGAUGAGAAAGAGUUAAACCUGAUUUUGACCACUGGUGGCACUGGCUUCGCCCCGCGAGAUGUCACACCUGAGGCCACUAAAGAUGUGAUCGAGCGGGAAGCUCCAGGGAUGUCUCUGGCCAUGUUGAUGGGCUCUCUGAAUGUCACUCCUCUGGGGAUGCUCUCCAGACCAGUUUGUGGUAUACGAGGAAAAACUCUCAUCAUAAACCUGCCGGGCAGUAAAAAAGGUUCACAGGAAUGUUUUCAGUUCAUCCUGCCCGCUCUCCCUCACGCCAUCGAUCUUCUGCGAGAAGCUGUGGUCAAAGUGAAGGAGGUGCCCAAUGAGCUUGAGGACCUGCCCUCUCCUCCGCCCCCUUUGUCCCCGCCCCCCGGCAGCAGCCCCCACCGACAGACGGAGGAUAAGGGGGUGCAGUGCGAGGAAGAGGAGGAGGAGAAGAAGGACAGCGGCGUGGCCUCCACGGAGGACAGUUCCUCCUCGCACAUCACAGCCGCCUCCAUCGCUGCCAAGAUUCCCGACUCCAUCAUCUCACGUGGAGUUCAGGUCCUCCCCCGUGACACGGCAUCAUUGAGCACCACGCCGUCAGAGUCACCGCGUGCUCAGGCUACCUCUCGCCUCUCCACCGCCUCCUGCCCCACCCCUAAGGCGCGGCUUCCCUCCUCCUCAUCCACCCUAAGCAUUGCUGAGGCGUCGCGGCGAGAGUUCAGAGCACACCUGGAUGAGGUCAUCACUCUGAAGUCAAGGUACUCAACCUUGGACCAGCUCCAGUGUAGGUUGGAGGUGCUAAAAGAUGAUCGUCGUGGCCAUAGGACCUUCAGUUCUCGAGUGCAGUCACGAUGCAGCAGCAAAGAGAAUAUCCUCAGAGCAAGUCAUAGUGCGGUGGACAUCACCAAAGUUGCACGGCGACACCGGAUGUCCUCGUUUCCCCUCACGUCUAUGGACAAAGCCUUCAUCACUGUGCUCGAGAUGACCGCCGUUCUGGGCACUGAAAUCAUCAACUACAGAGAUGGGAUGGGUCGAGUUCUGGCUCAGGACGUGUAUGCCAAAGACAACCUGCCUCCAUUUCCAGCGUCUGUUAAAGACGGCUACGCUGUGAGAGCCGCUGACGGUCCUGGUGACAGAUUUAUUAUUGGCGAGUCUCAGGCUGGUGAACAGCCAACGCACACCGUGAUGCCGGGUCAGGUGAUGCGGGUGACAACAGGUGCUCCUAUCCCGUGCGGGGCGGACGCAGUGGUUCAGGUGGAGGACACAGAACUGCUGCGAGAAUCUGAGGACGGCACAGAAGAACUUGAGGUGCGAAUUCUGGUUCAAGCUCGUCCAGGUCAAGACAUCAGGCCCAUCGGUCAUGACAUUAAGCGUGGUGAAUGCGUGUUGACCAAAGGCACUCACAUGGGCCCGUCUGAGAUCGGUCUGCUUGCCACAGUGGGCGUCACAGAGGUGGAGGUGCAGAAGUUUCCUGUAGUGGCUGUGAUGUCUGCAGGCAACGAGCUGCUGAACCCAGAGGAUGAUUUACACCCGGGUAAGAUCAGGGAUUCAAAUCGCUCUACGCUGCUGGCAACCAUUCAAGAGCACGGCUAUCCCACCAUCAACCUGGGCAUCGUCGGAGACAACCCUGAUGACCUGUUGAAUGCUCUGAACGAGGGUAUCAAUCGUGCUGAUGUCAUCAUCACCUCAGGGGGCGUGUCCUUGGGCGAAAAGGAUUUUCUGAAGCAGGUACUUGAUAUAGACCUUCACGCUCAGAUACACUUUGGGCGUGUCUUCAUGAAACCAGGUCUCCCCACAACAUUUGCAACACUUGAUAUGGAUGGGUCUCGAAAACUUAUCUUUGCUCUGCCAGGUAGGGACGCGGAAGUAAACGGGCGCAUGUCCUCUCUCGCAGGGAAUCCGGUCUCUGCGGUCGUAACAUGCAACCUCUUCGUCAUACCUGCCUUGAGGAAAAUGCAGGGAAUCUUAGACCCUCGACCCACCAUAAUCAAAGCCAGGUUGUCAUGUGACGUAAAGCUCGAUCCACGGCCCGAGUAUCACCGCUGUAUUUUAACAUGGCACCAUCAGGAACCUCUGCCGUGGGCACAGAGCACAGGUGAGAAGAGCACAGGCUCUCUUGCUUCCUCAGGGAAUCAGGUUAGCAGCAGACUCAUGAGCAUGCGUAGCGCCAACGGACUGCUGAUGCUACCUCCCAAAACCGAGCAAUAUGUGGAGCUGCACAAGGGCGAGGUGGUGGACGUCAUGGUGAUCGGUCGUCUAUGAUGUCAUCGGAGAGGGACGGAUGAACGAGGGGUGCUUCACGGUGCAUGUUCACAUAUCAUUGACUGUAAUAUGCAACGGCACAGCUAGUUUUUAUUGAUUUGGAUAAUGCUGAAGUAUAGUCGACAUCUUGAUCACAAAAAUAGAUACAUAUGAGAAAAAAGUCUAUUAUUUCAAACAAAGAAAAAAUAUAACUUUUAAAUGAUAAAAUCUAAUUAUAAAGAGAUUUAUUCUGUAUAAUUAUUAUUAUUGCAUUUUUCUUCUCAUUAUUAUUAUUAUUAUUCUUAAUUAUAAUGAUUAUAUUGAAGCAACUUUGUUCCUUUCAUUGCAGUUGCUGUGUGUUCAAUGCUAGAUCUUAUAGCUGUAGCAUUUUAAUAGAAAACGGUAGGUUCCUGCCAGGAGAAAAAAAAUAAUCGUAUUAUUUCCCCUUAAUAACUACAAAAAAAAGAAAAAUAGAUGACAAUUACUGCUUUCGUUUUCGAGCGUGAAGCGGUUGAAUCGUGGCUCUGGAGAGCGGCACUUUUUGUCUUACGUGUCAUUGACGUGACACUUUUACUUUCCCUCCCAUUACUACGCAUCAUUAUGACAUCACAAAGAGCUUUGCUUGUCGUUUAUCUCGUGAGUCUUGUUUGUGUGCGCAGUGCCAAACGCGUGGGUGCGCAAAGGUCGUGCCAGGGGGAACACGGGCCUGGUCACCCAAUCCCUGAAGCUUCCUUAUAAUCACAUGACCUGGUGUAGCCCCGCCCCCUCCCCCAGGGGGUGGAGUGACAAUGGAACGUUUUAUUUCAACAUACUUUUAAAAGACGAGAAAAAAAAUGACAGCUUAUUUAAGUGCUGACUGCCUUUUUAAUCAACUACACAGACAUGUACAGUAAAAAAAUGUCAAUUGAAUUGUACAGAUCAAUGUGACCAGCAGACCUGCGGAAUAUGAGCGAGCAAUGAGGCGACAACUAUUCUGUAUUAUAAACAUUUUCUGUAACGAUAAGAACCUAACGAGAAAGAGAGAGACUACAAUAAUACAAUCCUUGAUCAUUAUAUAUGAAGAAUAGCAUUGUGGAAUUUUCUUGUAAUAAAAUGAAUGAAAACAGAA